AUGGCAGUUGAAGCAGCUCUGGCAGGACUCCAGGCAGAAGUCAACUGUCCCAUCUGUCUGGAUAACCUGAGAGACCCUGUCACCAUCGAAUGUGGCCACAACUUCUGUCGCUCCUGCAUCCAGCAGUCCUGGGCUGAUCUGCAGGACAGACUGCCUUGCCCUGUGUGCCGUCAUCUGUGCCAAGAGAGACACUUGAGGAGCAACACCCAGCUGGGAAGGAUGAUUGACACUGCCAAGCUCCUCCAGAUCAGCAGGAGCAAGAAGCGUAAGGAAGAGAGGCACCUGUGUGAGAAGCACAACCAGGUCCUGACCCUGUUCUGUGAGGAGGACCUAGAGGUGUUGUGUCCCCUGUGCACUCAGCCCCCCGACCAUCAGGGCCACCAGGUGAGGCCCAUGGAGGAGGCUGCUGCCCAUCACAGGCAAAGGCUCAGCAGUUACAUUGAGCCCCUCAAGAAGCAGAUGGCAGACGUUCAGAAAUUAAUGAGCAUCCAAAACAAAAAAACCUUAGAACUGAGAGAGAAGGUGGAAAACCAAAGGCUGGAAUUACUCUCUGAAUUUGAGCACCUGCGGCAGUUUUUAGAACAUGAUCAAGAAGCAGUUCUUUCAAGAUUAGCUGAUGAAGAAAAGGCUAUUCAAAGGAAACUCAGUGCUAAUAUAACUGCAUUCUCCGAGUACAAUUCCACACUCAAACAUCUACUGAGUAAGCUUACACAGAGCAGUGUGCUGCCCGAAGUGGAACUGCUAUUAGAAAUUAAAAAUUUCUACAAGAACUCCGAGGAGUACAGUCCAUCAGUCUUUUCAGUUCAGUUAAGGAAGGAAGGCUGCAGUUUUCCUUUCCAGUAUUCUGCUCUGCAGAAAAUUGUGCAGAAAUUUAGAGUGGAUGUUAUCCUGGACCCUGAAACGGCACACCCUAACUUGAUUGUCUCUGAGGAUAAAAAAUGUGUGAGAUACACAAAGAAAAAACAAAACGUUCCAGAUUUUCCAAAAAGAUUUACAGUCAACACAGUUGUCCUGGGUUUUCCAUUUUUUCACUCUGGCAGGCAUUUCUGGGAAGUAGAAGUGGGAGACAAAUGCAAAUGGGCUGUUGGGGUUUGCAAAGACUCUCUUUCUACAAAGGCGAGGAGAAGCCCAUCGGCCUGUCAGGGAUGCUGGAGCAUUCGGCGGCAGGGAGACAGCUAUGAUGCCCCAGGAGCUGGCAGACCCCCUCUUUUGUCGGAAGUGAAACUCACAGGCAUUGGCAUCUUCCUGGACUGUGAGAUGGGUGAGGUCUCAUUUUACAACAUGACUGACAAGUCCCAUAUCUGUACUUUCACGGACACUUUUAAUAGACCUCUUAGGCCUUAUUUCUUUGUGGGGCAUGAUUCAGAUCAUCUUAGAAUCUGUACAGGAAUAGAUAGUGAAUGA